AUGAGCUUCGGCGGCGCCAGCUCCGUUGCGGCCGGUGGGAAGCGGCCGUUCGAGUACGGGAGGACGCAUGUGGUGAGGCCCAAGGGCGCGCACAAGGCCACCAUCGUCUGGCUCCACGGCCUCGGCGACAAUGGAGCCAGCUGGUCUCAACUGUUGGAAACUCUUCCCCUUCCUAAUAUAAAAUGGAUCUGCCCAACUGCACCUACGAGGCCUGUGGCAAUUUUUGGUGGAUUCCCAUCUACUGCAUGGUUUGAUGUUGCUGAUCUUUCAGAAGAUUCUCCUGAUGAUGUUGAGGGGCUGGAUUCCUCAGCUGCACAUGUAGCAAAUUUAUUGUCUACCGAACCUGCAGACAUCAAGCUUGGCGUUGGUGGCUUUAGUAUGGGUGCUGCUACUGCGCUUUACUCCGGUACUUGCUUUGCUCAUGGAAAAUAUGGAAAUGGCAAUCCAUACCCUGUGAACCUAAGUGUGGCUGUUGGUCUCAGUGGCUGGCUCCCGUGUGCCAGGUCAUUGAAGAACAAAAUUGAGAGCUCACAGGAGGCUGCACAGAAGGCUUCAUCAUUACCUCUUAUGCUUUGUCAUGGAAAAGCUGAUGAUGUGGUCCUCUACAAACAUGGAGAGAGAUCUGCUGAUGCACUUAAGUCAACCGGGUUUGCAAAUGUGGAAUUCAAGUCCUACAGCAGGUUUGCUACCUUCUUUAUUCCCCUUGAAUGUUGUGAUUUCCUUGUGCUGAUUGAUCUCCUCUCCUUGGAAGACUCGGGCACUAUACCGUUCCAGAGGAGAUGGACGAAGUUGUCAAGUGGCUUACAGCAAGCUUGGAACUCGGCAGUUCAUCGUCAACUUGAUUGA